CGGAGGAGCUCAGCGAGCCAGAGCAGGAGCUCAGUGAGCCGGAGGAGCCCGUGGCGCAAGCGGAGGAGCUCAGCGAGCUGCAGGUGCUCGCGCUACCCGAGCAGGAGCUCAAUGAGCCAGAGGCACGCGCCGCCAGCAGAGGAGCUCGGCGAGCGGGAGGAGCCCGUGCUGCCCACGGAAGACCUCAGCGAGCCGGAGGGACCAGCGCGACCAGCACAGCCGCCACGUCCGCGACCGGUACGGCCGCCACGUCCGCGUCCAACACGUCCACGACCGGCACGUCAUAGAUCAGGUACCACACCUCACUGUGGUUCAUCGGAGAUGUGCCGCCGCCACUGGACCCGCGGCAGGCCGCCGGAGCUGCAGCACCACCACCACAGGACGCGUGGUAAGCCACCGGAGAUGCAGCGCCGUCGCCACUGGACCUGUGGCCGCCCGCCGGAGCUGCAGCGCUUCCACCAAGGGGUUAGAGCAGGAGUGCGGGAACGGGAGAGCAGCGAGCACAAGUUUCACGGGAGCGCAGACACGGAGCACGGGCACUGAGAAGAAGACACGGAACUGGAGUUGGGAUCGCACUGGGGAUUUAUUGUUGUUUGGAUCAUUACACCACUGUAAAUAAACGCACUGCCUAAAUCAUAAAGUCCUGCACUUUGGGUCCUCAUUUCUCACAUCCUCCAGACCGUGACACUCUUAGCCUUGUAUGAUGUCAGAACUGAUAUCCUUAAUAUCGUUAUCUCAGGUGUGGCUCUGGCUGUCAACAGAGAAGUACAACACACUGUUGUGCUGCUCAAGGGAUUCAAGGGCCAAUCGGAACAAAGUUGCUGUAAAGGAAGACGAGCCGAUUUCAGAUUGUUUCAGGCGAUGUAAGCUUUAAGCACCCCUCAUAUUUUUCAAGAAUGUUUAUAUUUAAAAAAAACCCAAAACAAAACAAAAAAACACUUUAAUAUGAUGUUGUCUUAAGUAAGUAACAAAAUUGGGCAGCAAGUAAAGAUGACAUGUAAAGAAAAUAGUUUAGCUAAUGUUUGCUAUUUGCUAUGGGGAAAAGUGUCAAGCUCUGACCAGUAAUCAAGUCGCUCAGAUCUUUUUUUGGUAAAUUAUAGAGUUGAGAUAAGUUUUUAUUCAGAUUAAUUUGGCACCAAAAACUGACUUGUAGGAAAAUAACAAUUAAUGAUUUUUAACCAGUUAAUCUGAAGGAUUUUUUUGUUACUAGCACAUUGAGGCCCCAAAAGUAAGAAAUCAAACCAUCUCCAUUCACUUCACUUUGGUAAAGGGAAUCAAAAACUGUUUUAUGCAGACAUGAACACAGCAGGACACAUUUAACUUAGCUGGGUUAGUUUGCUUUGUUUCUCCAAAUCUUAAUGUGAUUAGUUGUAAAUUCUUUACUUUACAAUUUAAAGCGCCUUGUGGUGACUGCUGUCAUAAAUUGUCACUAUAUAAAUAAAUGUGAAUAGAAUUAUCAAAGUCAGAAAGUGCUUUAGCCUGAAACACCAGCCCACAACGACCCCUAAGGUCCAGCUGUCAACUAUGAUGUAAGGGCUAAUGUGUUGACAAGUUUAGUCUGACCCAUAAUUUAUGUUGGAAGCAGUGGAACAGUAGCAGAGCUGAAGGCAGAACUGAUCGAUUCUGGAACGAUGACUUCAUUCCCCUUUGUACUGAGGCUGCCUCUUCUCCUUGAAAGCAGACAAGCCUUCCAAACGGUCUUUGGUUGGUAUCACCUGGGAAUAACAAGCCUCUUCUAUUGCCAGACCUGUAGAUAAAUCCACCUCUAUCCCCUGGUUAAUUGCCAACUUUGCCAUCCUUAUUGCAAUUGGGCCCUGGGGGUUAAUCUCCCGUGCAAGCUCCAGAGCCCUCAAGUAGGCAGCAUCUCCACUGUUAUUCUGCUCCACAGAAUGACUGACAAGACCCAUUUGUUGCGCCUGUGUUCCAU